AUGGCCGUGGAUGCUGGGACCCCCGUAGGGGCCCUCCUGGUGCUGGAGGGCUUGGAGGAACCGCUUCGGCCCCUGGGCGAGGAUGUGGAGCCGAUGGACUUCAACGGUGCCCAGGCCCAGCUAGUGGAGAAUGGUGGUGAGCUUGGUCUCUUAGUAGUGACCUUUACGGGCUACUUCCUGCAAGUGCCCGCCUCCGCUUGUAGGUGGCUGCCUUCGGAUGCACUGGAGGGCUACGACCUGGUCCUGGGUCCCAGCUCGGAUCCCGAGGGCCUGGCCGAGCAGAUGCCUUCGCUGCUCCUCGAGCGCGGCUUCGUCACUACUCAUGUGAUCCUGCCGGCGAGGGGCCGUGCAGGCAUCCUCUCAGCGGUGAAGCAGCUCGAGGACUGCUUCUACCGGCUUCCUAUCGAGUUCGAGCUGGGCUACCUGGGCCGUGGACCCGCGAGGUCCGACAAGGUGGCCAUGCUCGAGGGCUUGGAGGCCGGGUCGCUGGCAGAGUCCUCUGGGCUCCUGGCACAAGAGCGCAGCGUCAGCGAGCACCUGCGGCUGCUGAAGCACCGACUGCAGGAGCCCUUGGGCAUCCAGCUCUCGAGCCGCACGAACCUCCUCCUGCGCCUGUCCGGCGCUGCGCCGGCCGCCGAGGCGCCGCGAGCGCCGGCGCCCCGCGAGGCGGAGGCGUUCCUUGCACUGAUGGGCCGGCGGCGGCUCUGUCUGCUUCGGUUCCUCGGGCCUAGCACCGGCAAGAUCCGGCUGAUCCCACGGGAGGCAGACUAUCCCGAGGUGAGUAUGGUGGCCUGCCUGGACCUGCAAGUGCUCUUUCUCACCCAGCUGUACGACUUCCAGUUCGAGCCCGAUGGCGAGUGCUUGGUCUUGCAGAGUUUCCUUCUGGAAGAGCCCCUCCAGAUGGUCUUCCAGAAGGCUGAGAUGCAGCCCGCCCGCCGCGCCGCGCGCCGCUCCCGGCGAGCUUCGCAGUCGCAGGUCCUCGUGAAGGGUAUGUCUUCCAGGGAUCCCUGCGAGGCGGACUUGCAUGAGAAGCUGUGGACAGCCUUGCGGCAUGGUGGCUGUGACGGCUUCCUGGAAAUCCCAAAGACAAGGUUUGACGUCGACCAGUACAUUGACUACGAGGACCAGCAGAGAGCCAUGGCCUCCUUCAAGAGCUACUGCCGCCAUCAAGGCCACAUCGAAGGCAUUGAGAUUUUCGAUGCCGCCUUCUUCAACAUACCCGACCAGGAGGUGAGAGGGAUGGACCCUGAGCAACGAAUCUUCAUGGAAACAGGCUGGCUGGCUAUGAGUGACGCUGGCUACGAGCGUGAGAAGGUUCGAAUCGAGUCUGCUCAUAUCGGGGUCUUCGUUGGCAUCAGUGGCUCCGACUGGCGGGAUGUCUGCAAAGCACCUUCGGCCAACGGAGUUCCGGAAACUUUCAUUGCGAACCGCUUCUCGUACGCCAUCAAUCUGAAGGGCCCCAGCUUCAUUGUGAAUACGGCUUGUUCAGCCUCCCUGGUUGCCCUGCACUCGGCCAAGACGCACCUCCUGAUGCCCCAGGACCCGUUGGAUGCUUGCCUCAUCGCUGGCAUAAGUCUCAACGUCUCUCCAGGGACUUGGGCUGGGAACUGCGCAGGUGCCAUGCUUUCCUUCCGUGGUCGGUGCUUCUCCUUCAACAACACAGCGGACGGCUAUGGGCGUGGCGAAGGCUGUGCCGCUGCAGUGCUGGGCCGUGGCGAGUACGACCAAGAUGACGACACAACUUGUGGAACGUUGGCCGCCAGCCACAGCAACUCGGAUGGUCGCUCCGCCAGCCUCACGGCUCCGAACGGCCCAGCGCAGCAGCGCUUGCUUCGAGCAGCUCUUAGUGAGGCGCGUCUUCAACCCACAGAUCUGGACAUCUACGAAGCUCAUGGUACAGGGACUUCUCUCGGAGACCCUAUCGAGGUGAGCGCUGUCCGCAAGGUUCUGACGCAGAGGGAGACUCCGGUGAUGAUCUCCUGCUCGAAGACCAACCUGGGACACUUGGAGGGCGGUGCAGGGAUGUCUGCCUUCUGCAAGUGUGUUCUUGCCUGCAUGCACGCGGAAGUCGCGCCCAACCAACACCUCCGCGUGCAGAAUCCCAACAUGGACACCGAAGGAUGGCCGGCGCUUCUUCUGCAAGAGGGCCAAGCCCUCAAAGGCGAGGCCUCCUACGUGGGCGUCAGCGGCUUCGGGUACGGUGGCACCAACAGCCAUGCGAUGGCUUUCGGAAAGAAUGUAGUCACUUCGCGCGGUGGCAGGGCAAAGAACUCGGCUGGGCACCCGGACUGUUUUCCACCGGCAUCUGCUGGUUUUCAAUACAACGACUCUUGCACAUCAGCUGUAGCCUAUAAGGAUAUCCCAGAGUGCUACAUGAGCUGUCGAGUCCAUGGGAUAGAUGAUAUCAAAUUUUUCAAUCAGCACGGGCAGUUUUCCAGGGCCUGUUCAGAAGGGGAUUUGCAGAGGCUGUUGUUCUUGGCCUCCACGGUCGAAACAGGGAAGGUGCAGGGCUUCGAUGACACGAAGACACCCUCUCAUCCACAGGCCGACGCCCUCAUCCGCCAGGUGCGCAGUGCCCCCCCGGAGAUCGCCAUGGUGGGAGACAAUUUCGAAGACUGGCAGAGCAACGGGGUGCCGCAUCUCUCGAUGAAGCCAGGGCAGUCCUUCCAGGUCGAUGUCAUGGAGGGUGGCCGAACCUUCUGGUCUGCAGUGCCCUCAUCGAAGCCCAGAUCUGUGAAGGGCUUGUCCAUCCAAGGGUCCUUCAACGGUUGGACGGCAGAGAGCUUGGUGGCCAGGGAGACGCGUGUGGGCUUGUACGAGUUCGAGCUCAGCCUGGGAGCUUCUGGCAGCGAGAGCUUCCAGGUCUUGGUGGAUGGGCUCACGUCGCAGGUGUUGCAUCCCGCGGAGCCUCACUGCACCUCGCGUGUGGCGCCCGUACGCGGCCCCCGUCACGACGCUGGCCGAGAGCUGGCGUGGGUGAUCCAGGGCGCGCAGAGGGAUCGCUUCUUGAUCGAAGUCUUUCUACCUCCCGGAGAAGUACAGUCCAUGUCUGUGACUUGGUUUAAGCUGCGCGACAUUGCACCUCUUCCAUCGCUGCAGACGCCGCCGGCUCCAGCCCCUCAGCCGAUGGUGCUGGACGAGCUGGGCAUCGAAGAAUGA